UCGGCUUCCGGGAUACGUUGUACACAGCCGGGAUGACAGCGUAAAGGGGUUGGGGAGAAAGACCUAUCUUAUGAUGAAUAUCUUUAUAUCGGGAUUUGCUCUGUUGAGUGUAUUAUGUAUAAUUCUGUUUGUUUACACGCGCACGUCCCUGCCGUCCGUCGGAGAUGCCAGCUUCAAGCAGUUUCAGAGGAUCUACCUUGUGGUCUAUAUGUUGGCUAUGGCCGGCGACUGGCUCCAGGGACCACAUGUGUAUGCCCUGUAUGACAGUUAUGGCAUGUCUUCCCAUGACAUCGAGGUCCUGUUUGUCGCUGGCUUUGGCUCCAGUAUGAUAUUUGGUACCAUUGUUGGAUCUUUCGCAGACAAGUAUGGUCGCCGUGCCAACUGUAUCCUGUAUGGGAUCCUAUAUGGAGGUGCAUGUAUCACCAAGCAUUUUAACAACUUCUACAUUUUGAUGGUGGGACGUUUAUUGGGAGGUAUUGCCACCUCCAUCUUGUACAGUGCCUUCGAGUCCUGGAUGGUGUAUGAACACAACAAACGUGGUUUCAGUCAGGAUUCUCUGGGAAGUGUUUUCAGUCAUGCCGUACUGGGAAACUCCUUGGUAGCCAUUGUUGCUGGCUUAGUCGCUCAGUUCUUUGCUGACAGAUUUGGAUUUGUUGCCCCCUUUGAUGUGUCACUUACCGUCCUAACAAUAAUGACAGUGAUAAUUGUGUUUACCUGGAGUGAAAACUAUGGUGACAGGAACAGUGACCUCUCCGUCAGCUUCAGUAAUGCCUCCAAGUCUAUAAGAACAGAUCACAAGAUCCUGUGUCUGGGCCUGAUCCAGUCAUUGUUUGAGGGAUCAAUGUACAUAUUUGUGUUGGAAUGGACCCCUGCCCUGACCCCAGAAACCCAUGACACCGCCACAAGCACAGCACGCCAUCUGUUGUCCUCCAAUGAGACCACUAUUCCUCAUGGACACAUAUUUGCUGGUUUCAUGGUGUCCAUCAUGAUUGGGUCCUCAUUGUUCAAGAUCUUGUCUAGUUAUACAAAUGUGGAGUCUUUUAUGAGAUUUGUACUUCUUAUUGCUGCUCUUUCACUUUCAACGCCUAUCAUCUUCAAAGGAAACCAGCUGUUUGUGUUCUGUGGCUUCUUGGUGUUUGAGACAUGUGUGGGCAUAUUUUGGCCGUCGUUAGGUCAGAUGAGAGGAAAAUAUGUGCCAGAAGCAACGAGAGCAACUAUUAUGAAUUUUUUCCGAAUCCCCCUAAACUUUAUCGUGGUUGUGAUACUCCUACAGGCCUUGCCGAUGAAGAUGAUAUUUGAGUGUUGCGUAAUGUUCCUCUUCUUAGCCAUGAUAUGUCAGCAGUGGUUGUACAGUUUGUACAGGAAGUUACCAAAGUCUGAAAGUCUCGAAAAAGGCAGCCAGGAAUUUAGUGACAGCGUUGAUUUAACCUUGGUGGAGCACAAGACGCCUCUUCUGGAUGUAAAGGCAGAAAUGGUGUGAGGAGGUGGAGAUGACCAUAGCAACGUGCAAUUGGAUCCCACUUGUUGCCAUAGCAACAGAGUGAGUUUACCAUGCACUUGGUACAGAUUCAAAAAUGAGAAUUGUGACACUUUUAUUGAGCAUAGGGACGAUACUAAUAUAGGUUAGAAAAAAAAAUGUCUAAUUAAUAGUGUCAUGUAAAAUCAACCAACUUAAUGUUGAGAGUAACAAAUUAUUGGUCAUCUACUGAUUAUUACAGACCACCCAAUACAGUACACACUGAACAGUUAUCAAGUUUAUAGGGACCACCACUAGUCACCACUAGUCACAAUUGGUCUUUGAGCUAAUGUACUUUUGUUUCGCUUUUAGACUUAGCUCCAGGAGCUGUAGCUUCUAGGCCCGAUUGUUUAUAAUUUUUGUCCAAUCAUAAAAAAAAAUGAAAACAAUUGGGCAGAGAAGCUAUGGUUCCCGCCGCUACGUUAGGCCUUACGCAAUGAGUUAUUCUAGACGUAGACAAAUUGUUUAACUUUGUACAUGUACAUUGUUGACUAAAGAGACGGUGUUUACUUUGUGUUGUUGACCAGGACAACAUUACACAAGUACUGUAUGUGUGCCUUGAUCUGGUUAAACAUAGGUUCACAUGGGUGACAAAUUAUAUGAAAUAACAUACAUGUAAGAUAUGAGUAAUGUUUUCAGACUUGUAUAGAAAAAUAUAGUUGUAAAUUAUAAUCUGUUGGUCGUUUAAUAUUUGAAUCUGCUUUUGAUGUAGAAAACAUUGAUCUGUGGUAUGCUAAUUAUAAUUUAUUAUCAAUGUUUUAUUUAAAGAAACACAGAGUAUCUACAGUAACAUUUGUCAUAGCAUUAAACCUGUUCUCAUCCUGGGACCACCAUAUAUCGUAUAUUGAGAUAUAAUUCCAAAUGGACGUUUGCAAUUUUAUGUGAAAGUAUUGCAUUUUGUGCCAUAAAAUUUAGUAUUGUUUUCAUGAUUUUGUUAAAUUUGAUGUAAUUUCAUACUUUUGUUAAUCUGUAAACUAAGCAUUUAUGAGGACUUGAAGAAACUCAAAAUGAAAAUGUUGAAUUAAUUAAUUAGAGCAAAUGAUCUGAAGAUUUUGAACUUCUUCAUCACCUCUCAUUUCUCAAAGUAAUGAAAAAUAUAGCUGUAUACAUAAUAUAUACUGUAAAACCUUGUUAUACUGCCACCCCAUAUCUAGAGAAAAAUUGGCAUGAUAGAGAGGUUUGGCGAUAAAUUGAGGGAAAUGUAGAAAGGAAUUCUUGAGAAAACAAGAAAAGGGGACAUUGAAAUAUGUUGGAGAUAAACGAGGAGGCAGACGAAAUGAGGGGCAGUAUAUCGAGGUUUCACUGUAAUUAAUUUAAUACAAUAGUUUUGUAUAUUUCAUUUAUGGACAUUGAAAAAUGUUGGCAGUAAACAAGGAGGCAGACGAAAUGAGGGGCAGUAUAUCGAGGUUUCAUUGUAUGUCACAAAUUAAUUUUGUGAUUAUAUGUACUGUAGUACAUGUUUCUGUCAUAACUACCACAGGUUUCAACACUGCUAGCCAGUGGUUUACUACAUACAGGCAGGCACAAUGUGUUAACACAAUACGGUAUGGUGUCACACUGUCAUCGUUUAGAAGUGAAACAGAAUAUUCAACUCCUGAUGAUUAAUUUAUGAUUUAUAUCUACUGUUUUGAGAAGUUGAGAAUUCACUUGCUAUAAUGGGGAUGUUUAUCAAUUUCAGACUUGUUGGGGUGAAUAUUAUACAGUUAUGAAUAUAUGGUUAUAGGGACCCGUAAAUGAUGGAAGGUAAGAAAAUCGUCACGAGAAAAAAUCAUUGCAUUGGGCGGUGAGCAUUGUGACAGUAUAUUCAAACUGAUGUCAUAAAUAAAAUAAUAACCUUUGGUUUCUAAAAAUAGUAACACUAAGUCGGCGCAUGUAUCACAAAUCAACAACCUGUACUCAAUUAUAAUCUAUUACAAACGAGGAAUCGGGAGGGGGAAUAUGAUAUCUAAUGUAAAUUAUUAUAAUUGAUCAUAACAAGUUGGAUAUUCGGUAUAUAUCAUAUUGAAUUGUGCUAAAACAUACAUCAAGCAAUUCACAUGUGUACUGAUAUGUUGAGCCUGCCGUUUGCUGAUGUAAUUUUACAGGGUCAGUUUUCAUAAUUAUUAAUAGUUAUCAUCCCUAACUCAUCCUAUCAAAGAAUCACUUUUGAGUAUCGUAUUCAGAUGUCUGAUGCUACUGUUGAGUUUAUGAGCAUAACACAGCAAUCUAAGUAAAUUCUUGCUAUACCAGACACAAUUCCUGACAAAUAAAUUCUUACCAGACAUAGAUAAAUGACUUCUUACCAGACAUAUUCACAAACGUAUAAUUAACCUGUAAUACUGAACAUCAUGUCUCCCCUAAUCUCCGGUUUAUAAGCUCUAUAUAUAUAUGUCGCAACAGAGACAAUCAUACUGUUCCCUCCGAUGUCUGUUAAGUCAGGUUUCGCUAUCGUUUUCAUACAAUCAAAGGGGACAUAACUUUGAAAUUUCAUUUGAUGAAUAGUAUUAUACAUCAUUUGCUUAUUUAAGUUUAUAAUGGAGGAUUUAAGUCGGAUGCUUUGACACGAUGUUCUCUGAAGUCUUCAACAGUUGUUUGUUUGUUUGUUUGUUGCUAGUAUACUGCCUUUUAUUGCAAUAUUUUACAUCCAGGAUAAAUUUGUAAUUUUGUUUAUCAACUAUUUAAUCUAAACUUACAUCUUUUAUCAAAUGGCUUCUGAUCAUAUUCAAAUGGCUUAUGGCAUUUUAUAGGCUCUUGUUAGUGUCCACAUGACUUAUGGCUGGUCAGUUUCAUUUUGAUGUCCACACGAGGAUAACAAAAAGCAUUGAUAAGACUUUGUAUGUAGUUACAGGCACAGGCGUGAGAAUGGUUAUAGACAUGGUAUGGUAUGGUACAGACACAGGUGUGAGAAUGAAAGCGUUGAAGAGUACAAUAAUUUUUCUCAUUUAUCAAAUCAUUGGUUUAUCUUAAAACACAACAUGCCACACAUGGUUUUGUUUUUGUGUUGUUUUGUAAUGAAUGGCUUCGUACUCGCAAAUUAAUAUUUAUCUCCUAGUACUCGGGUUACUCAAAUUUUAAUUGGCAACGAUAUUUUGUGUAUCAAUUUGAUAUACUACAAUGCUUAUUUAACAUUUGUAUGUUUUUAAGAAUAGUAGUUAUUCUCAUCACGUACAGUUGAAUACAUCAUUAUUCAGGGUCACUUUUUUUAGAAGAAUUUUUUAACUAUUUUUUGAUAAAUUAAAAUGAAAGUCAGACGCACUGUAAUUGAUGUGGUUAAUUAACUUAUUCACCCCUGACUUUUCAUAAUGAACUAUUCCAACCUUUGAACUGGAAGAGUUCAAAUGUGUCUUCAGGGUGAAUGAGUUAAAUAGCCGUUUGAUGCGAGGGGAAAUAACACGUUCUAUGAAAUAGAAGAGGAGGUAUUAAAGGAAUAUAAGAAAUGUCUAUAUAUAUAAGGCUUGAAUUUCUUAAUUCUCUGGUUCCAUUUUUUCUCUGAAAUUACUUAAUAUAAAAUCAACUUUAUUUUCCAUGGAAUAUCAUAACCAUGUAGUUUAAUACAUGUACCUGUUACCCACCUUUACAGAAUUUAUUGAUGGGAACAAACAUAGCGCUGAUGGAAACUUUAUGGCAAUUUUUGGUGUGCAACUUAUUUAAGAAAAGUGGAUAAAGAGGGUUUUUUUUAUGUGUUAAGUACAAAAGUUGAAUAAAAUUCAUUAAUUUACGUAAA